AUGUGCACACCAGCAGCACUUGGGGGCAAGGCCAACUUCAACCUGGAAGAGCCGCAGAAGUUGGCCGCAUACCUGAAGUAUGCAGACAUCCGUCUUCUUCGGGUCAAGUACCUCUACGAGCUGUUGCGUCAAAAGAAGCUGCUGCCCCGACGCCAGGAAGCGGAGUGGGCCUUAGUCCUUAGGCCGGUUGAGGAAGACUGGGGCCUCGUAAGCCAGGAGGAGGUGAGUGAGUGGGCAGCAGGGACCCGAGACGCGAUGCUCAUUUCAGUUUCACAUGCCUGGGAGACCCGUGAGCACCCGGAUCCCUGCGGCGACCAGCUGAAGCGGCUGGUCAGCUGCUUGAGCCUCUACGAUGCUGCCUAU